UUCAGGCUUUCGGUUUUGUUUUGAGCCUGCGUAUGUAUGUUUGACAACUGUUCCCACUCCCUCCUUUUCGGAGUCGUCGGACGCCGUUUUCUGAAACGCGCGAUGGUUUUGUUGUCGUUAGGAGGAAGUACAGUGACGUGACGCGAUGACGCCCACUUGCAGCUAGUUGCGCUGGCGAGAGACGUUUUUAAGUAAAGAUGAGUUGCUGCCACCAAAGGGAAUGGCUGUAGGAGGCAAGUACAAUGGAACUCGUAGUGACCAAGCCCUACAAAGGCUUCUGGCUUCCCUGGAGCAGGUGUGCCAGAAAGCUCACAGUGGGGAUGACGACCGUGCCUUCCUUGCUGCUCUGCUCCAAAACAAAGCCCUCCAAGCCUUGGUUCAUAUACAUACAAAGAUUGUCAGCUUCAGCAACAGAGGAAUUGCUCCUUCCAGCUGUGAUGCCUCACUCACUGCCGAAAAGGUGUUACAUGCCCUCCAAAAAAAUAUGGAGCCAGAGGCUGAGGAGCUCUGUAUUUUGAUAUCUUCCCCACAUGUCAAGGCUUUGCUUGGGGCCCAUGAUAUUAUAGCAAAAAAGGACUUUCUACCAUCGCUCACAGAAGCAAUCUAUGAAGCUGAAGAGGAUGAAGAGACCAUCAAGAUAGUCCAGCUUGUGAAAAGCAACGAGCCAUUAGGUGCCACCAUUAAGUACAAUGAAAUUGCUAAAGCAAUCACUAUUGCAAGGAUUAUGCAUGGAGGGGCUGCUGACAGAAGUGGUCUUAUCCAUGUUGGUGAUGAAGUCCAUGAAGUGAAUGGGGUUAGUCUGAAAGGCAAGGCACCACAUGAUGUCGUCAGCAUUUUGCAGCAGAGCCAGGCGGGGACCAUCACUCUGAAACUUGUUCCAGCUGAGGAAGCUUCUGUUGGUCGUGAGAGCCGAGUACGUGUCCGGGCACUGUUUGACUAUGAUCCUGCAGCAGAUCCACUGAUUCCAUGCAAGGAAGCAGGCCUGCAAUUUCACCGGGGCCAAGUACUGCACCUGGUUAGCCAAGAUGACUCCAAUUGGUGGCAGGCACGCUGGGAGGGACAGCGAUCAGCUCGUGCAGGACUCAUACCUGCACAAAGCCUCCAGGAGAGGCGAUUCGCAUCAUUGCGAGUGAUGAAUCAGGAGGAUGAUGAUGAGGGCCUGCCAGCAGGCUGCUACUCGCCAAUGCGCAAAGAGCUGAAGGCUCGGAGAGCCAAGAAGGUCAUGUAUGAUGUCUCUGACAAUGAAGACUUUGAUCGAGAGCUUAUUUCAACUUAUGAAGAGGUUGCCAAGCUUUAUCCAAGGCCUGGACUUAACCGUCCCAUUGUGCUUAUUGGUCCUCCAGGUGUUGGUCGCAAUGAACUAAAGCGAAGGCUUGUUGCAAGUGAUCCUGACAAGUUUAAAACUACAAUUCCUUAUACGAGUCGUCCCAUUAAGCCCUGGGAGGUUGAUGGUCGAGAUUACUAUUUUGUGAGCCGACCUGAAAUGGAAGAAAAGAUCCGGCAAGGGCGCUUUGUUGAGCACGGGGAGUACAGAGGAAACCUUUAUGGGACCAGCCUUGACACUGUACGGGCCAUCAUCGACCUGGGCUACACAUGCGUGCUGAAUCCACAUCCACAGGCACUGAAAAUGCUGAGAACAGCGGAGCUUAAGCCAUUUGUAAUAUUUAUCAAGCCUCCAAGCAUUGAAAUACUGAAGGAGACAAGAAAUAAGGCCUGUGCACGUUCUACGUUUGAUGAAAACUGCUCACGAGGGUUUACGGAUGAUGAAUUCCAUGACAUUGUUUAUUUGGGCCACAAGAUGGAUUUCCUGUAUGGUCACAUGUUUGAUCUGACCAUUGUAAACGAGGACCUUCCUCGUGCCUUCUACCAACUGAUGACAGCUGUGAAAGCAGUGGAAGCAGAACCACAGUGGGUGCCUGCAAGCUGGGUGGUUACGUCCCAGUGAGCCUUUGCCCCUGCAACCUUUGUUGGUGUCUAGGCGCUGGCUGGGAGAAGCUUUUGUAAAGCGCAUGCAGUUACGUUUUGUUGGGCUAUCACAAAGAUUUCGCAUGAAAUCCUAAUUUUGCACCUCUACAUUCGAUUGCUUGUGCAUUGCAUAAAGUCAUAUUUUUUUGUCAUAUAUAGUGCAUUUUUAUCAUCUUGUAGCACUGCUUCAAUUUUAUCUUGUGACUAGCAUAUCUCAGCUUCAUUAGCUCAUACAAACUCCUUUAAUUUCAUUGUUAGAUCAUGAUGCAGAACUAGAAACAUUUUUCUAAGCAUUCACAGUCCCAAGAGAUGAAAAUGUAAUGACAGAUGUACUUCAAUAUGCCUAAAAAUUUCAGGGUAAUUUUUUUUAUGAAUUAGCUGAUAUAUUUUUGUUUUUCUUGAAUUAAAAAAUACAGAAAAUUGGCCCCGCACAUAAUGAUAUGACAGAUCAAGUGGGAUAUUAUUUAUCUUCACAAGAGAUUUGUAAAAGGAAACACAAUUGUGUUGUAGGGAGCAGUGCAUUUCAUGAGGGCAGCCAAGUGUGUGAACAAAGCUUGUUAAUGUAGAAUAAUAUAGGAAUAGUCUUUGGUCACAUGUUGUAUGUAACUUGCUGUGAAGCACUGACACUUUGGUCAUGAGCAAGCCAUGCAACAAAAGGGCUUUUUAUCUUGUACAUAACUAUCUUGAAAUACUGUCAUUGUUUUAAACCAUUGUUAUCUCAUACAAGGGCAUAACUUAGUGGUAAGCAAUGAAAAACCAAUGCAUGGUUAUACCUGUGAAAUUGCAAGAAUGUAGUUAGCCAUUGCACCCUGCUCUGUCUAAACUCGGCCUACUAUACAUUUUUGUCAUGUGAUUGACUUGAAGGUACAGUAAAUUUGUGUACUUUUCUUUUAUCUUUUUUUACGCUUUAUUAAACUCAUUGCGUACUUGACCUUGUAAUCAUCUGGUGGGAGUGUGGAGCACAUUGCAUGUGUAAGUAAUACUGCCAGAAGCAUUUCUGUGGCUCCGUUUAAACAUGCUUGUAGAACUUUUGUCACAUUGGUUGCUCUUGAGUGACAUGUGAUGGCCUUGCUGUUUGUACAAAUUACAUGGUGAUGAUUGUCGUAUAAGCAACAUUCUUGUGCAAGAUCUGUAUUGCUUUGAGAAUUGAAAAUGGCAGCUCUUUCCUGAUACAGUAAAUGUGCUUCAUUUCAUGAAACAGUGCUCUGUUUGCUGUUGAAAGAUUCCUUUGACUGGUUCUAGUUCUUAUUAUGCACUUGCAGCAGAAGUGAGGAUUAUGUGCUGAAUAUAAAAUCUUCAGGGCUGCUAUCAACCCUUUGUGGUCGUAUGCUUUUACCCAUGCCUGGCAGUUGUUUCAGUUGGAUGCUAUUUGUGGAUUUCUAAACAGCGUGAAGGCAUACCACUUGUUAGCGCAAAUGUGUCACAAACCAUUUGGAGUAUUUGUUCAUCCUGACCACUGCAAUCAUCCUCAGAUGCACUGAAUGCAUGUAAACUGGUUUUAUAAUGAGCACUUGAUGAAAAUGCUGCCAUGUUUUAAACAGGCUGCUACCAUGCAAAUGGGGAUACCAACUGGAAAGUGUGCUAUCCUCCCACAGUACAGAAGUGAAAAGCUGAAUGAAAAUGCAUUGCAAGUUUCUCCUGAGGUACGGUGCUACAAGUUUGCAAGAAAUUUUUAUGUAUUUCAUUGACCACACUUAGCAUGCUUCCUGACUGGAGCCAACUUGCUCCAGUGCCGGCAACACAAGACCACAAAGGGUUGCCCAUUCCUAUCAUCCUUUCUUUCUUCGGGUCUGCAAAAUCCAAGCUGGGUCUGUUAGCAUGCUAUUUUACUUCAUAUUUAUGAACCAUGUGGCAGUCUUUGCACUGCACUGAACUGCUUUGCAUAGGACAUAAUACCAGUACAAAAUGCCAAUUAUGCACUGGCAUGCUGCCUCUCGCAUCAUUGUACAAAGUGGUCCUAUGCAAGCUACAAUGCCUGUUUGUGCAAAAUUUUUAACACUAUUUGUUGUAAGCCAAGACUACAGUGUAUCUUACUGCAUUGGCCAGAUCUCUUUGUAGAUGGUGCAGGUUGCACAACCGAACAGCAGUUUUUUUUUUUUUAACAAAAGAACGAAUUGCUUAGCUUGAUGGAGAUGCCAUUGUACCGCAAACCCUGGUACAUGAAGUUGCUAGAAGCUUAUCAAGCUGUAGAUAUUUUUCAAAAUAAAGUUAAGGACUGCUAGUGAUUUGGUGUGCUAGUACCAAAAACUAGGGUCUAUAAAGCACUAAAUACAACACUUUCUGGCUCAGCAUUCUAAGUGCAAAUUAGAAACUUGCAGUAUUUGGAGAUAAUGGGUUUUGUCUAGUGUAGAUUCAAGAUUUGUCAUACAUUUUGUGUACAUACACUUAGAGGAGGUUUUCCAGCUUCUUCUCUUUGCUCCGGCAGCUUGCAGUAACUGUGAAUGCGGUAUCGUUGAGCAGUAACAUAACAAUUCAACUGUGUAUACAAAUGUGCUACCUUUACAAUUGUUCAUUGACCUUGUGAAAAAGUAUCUUGUCUUUAUGCUUCUGAUGCUGUGUAAUAAUGAAUGCUGCAUGCGUACUAAUGGAUUAGAACUAAGAUGAGCAUUGUA